AUGUUUGCGCGACAGAUUGGAUCAGGAACACUAGUUAAUGUAAACUGUGCAUGGAAGCCGUGGAGCCGAUUAGGAUUAACAAAAAUGGCGGAAGUGCAGAGGUAUAGUCGCGCUGAGGUAGCGACGAAGAACGGAAAGAACGGCGCACCCGUGUGGAUCAUAUACAAGGACUCCGUUUAUGACUGCACCAAAUACGUUGACGAGCACCCUGGUGGGCCGGAACUGGUCACGGAUGAGGCUGGCACAGACACCACCAAGGUGUUCCAAGAAGCUGGUCACACGUCAGACGCCUACACCAUCCUCGCCAAGUACAAAAUUGGUGAACUACCUGAGGAAGAAAAACAUUAUGAUGCAAAUGGAAAAAAGAAGAAAAAAGUAGUUGCUGCUAAGCCUGAAGGAGAGAAGAGAAGUUGUUUGAACAUAGUCACAUGUGGAUUGCUAGGCUGA